GUUGACAGCAGCGGGAGGAGUUGUCAGCGGAGCCGCAUGGAGUAAUCACACGGAUACGACUACAGACAGCGUCUCUGUUGGUACUCAGAAGCAUUGUUUACGCCCUUCAAACAGCGACGCCAUGGCCGACGACCAGUCCUCUCAGUCCUGGACCAUCGACCGGGAUGACUACGAACUCAACGAGGUGAUCGGGAGCGGAGCCACUGCAGUUGUCCAGGCAGCGUACUGCAAGCCGAGGAAGGAGAAGGUGGCCAUCAAACGCAUCAACCUGGAGAAAUGUCAAACAAGCAUGGACGAGCUCCUGAAAGAGAUCCAGGCGAUGAGCCAGUGCCACCACCGGAACAUUGUGUCUUACUAUACCUCCUUUGUGGUGAAGGAUGAGCUGUGGCUGGUGAUGAAGCUGCUCAGUGGCGGCUCAGUGUUGGACAUCAUCAAGCACAUCAUCUCUCGCGGCGAGCACAAGAGCGGAGUGUUGGACGAGGCCAGCAUCGCCAGCAUCCUGAAAGAGGUCUUGGAGGGGCUGGAGUACCUUCACAAAAACGGGCAGAUUCAUCGGGAUCUGAAAGCUGGAAAUAUUCUGCUCGGGGACGACGGCUCGGUGCAAAUUGCUGACUUUGGUGUGAGUGCCUUUCUCGCGGCGGGAGGAGACAUGACGAGGAACAAGGUUCGGAAGACGUUCGUGGGCACCCCGUGCUGGAUGGCGCCGGAAGUCAUGGAGCAGGUCCGCGGCUACGAUUUCAAAGCUGACAUCUGGAGCUUCGGGAUAACAGCCAUUGAGCUCGCCACCGGCGCCGCGCCAUAUCACAAAUACCCUCCGAUGAAGGUGCUGAUGCUGACUUUGCAGAACGACCCUCCCUGUCUGGAGACGGGCAUCACAGACAAGGAGAUGGUGAAGAAGUACGGCAAGUCCUUCAGGAAGAUGCUCUCUCUGUGUUUACAGAAAGAUCCAGAAAAAAGGCAGACUGCAGCAGAGUUGCUGAAGCAUAAAUUCUUCACAAAAGCCAAAAACCACGAAUACUUGCAGGAGAGGCUUCUCCACAAAGGUCCAACAAUAGUGGAGCGAUCCAAAAAGGUACGCCGUGUGCCCGGCUCGAGCGGCCGUCUCCACAAGACGGAGGACGGCGGUUGGGAGUGGAGCGACGACGAGCUGGACGAGGAGAGCGAGGAGGGCAAAGCCGCCGUGGCUGCUCUGCGGUCCCCCAGAGUGAAGGACGGGUCCGACAACAUGGAGCUUUUCCCACCAGCCGAUGGCGCCACGCAACACCUGAAGCCGCCCGGUGCUGCGAAUGUGGUCCAGACGGUGGAAGAUGCCGCUCCGCCACAGGCCGCCCCUCAGACAGCGAGCCCCUCACAUGCACCCGCCGCUCAGGAUGCGGCUGCAGCCAAUGCCAGUGUCCCCAUCAGCCUCGUCCUGAGACUGAGGAAUCCCAAGAAGGAACUCAAUGACAUCCGCUUUGAGUUCAUGUCCGGCCGAGAUUCUGCUGACGGUGUCUCUCAGGAGUUGGUCUCAGCUGGUCUGGUUGAUGGGAGGGACUUAGUCAUUGUCGCGGCCAAUUUGCAAAAGAUUGUCGACGAUCCUCACGGUAACAAAAACGUGACUUUUAAAUUGGCGUCCGGCGUGGAGGAGUCUGAAAUUCCCGAUGAUAUUAAACUCAUCGGAUUUGCGCAGCUCAGCAUCAGUUAAGUCGAGCCGCCAACAGAGGACAGGAACUUACGGUAUUGCACAGCUGCAUUGUAGUCAAUUCCAGAAACCACUACUGCCAAAGAGAAGAGGAGGAAGAAGAAGAAGAGGAGGAGGAGGAGGAGGACACGGGAAGCUGGCAGGAGUGAGACGCUACUGCGGGAUGCAUGAGGACCACAUUGAGAAGAGGCUCAGUUCAUUACAGGAAUCACACUUGAAAUGUUUACAGUGCGCUUAUACAGUGAAUGGGAGGAGAGAUGCAAUCAACUACGUCAACUCCUUAUAUCUUUCUUCCCCCCCCCCCCCCCCACCCCCACUUCAUACAUAAGCACAAUCCAAACAAUCUCCUGCCAGUACUGGAAGUGAUUGCCUUUUUUGUUGUCUCUUAUUUUAUUUUUCUUAAAUCAACUGUGCCACAAAACUCACCAGAGUGUCGUGCUUACUUUAUAUGGCACUUUACGCUCCACUUGAAAUUGAAAAAGUGUAAAUUCAGCCUUAGUUAGUUGAACUAUAGAUAUUACAAGUGUGUUUGGUGAAACAAUUGAGUCCACCUGUGGUUCAUUGGGUGUGUUGUGUGUGUAUGCAGAGUCGAGAAAUCUGAGAGCAUCGUUUAAGUUUUGUAAUCCUGUAAAUUGAGAUGGAUAUUUACACAGAAUAUAAGAACAUCCCCAGAGUCCCGUGUGGCGGUUUGGUCGAAACUUUCGGCUCUGACUGCACAGCUGAAAGCGUUCAAAUGUUUAAAGUCCCCUGCAGCAUCGUCUCUUGUCGGACGGCGUUCCCUCGAGGUAUUCAAAGACAGGAUUGUCUUUCACAGCCUAAUAAUCUCGUACUAUGCAAUAGGUGUUUUCUUUUCACCGCGUGUGUGGCCGCUGGCUGCUCGUAACGUUUCUCUCGAGUUGAGUGAAUCCCAUCUUUGUUGUGCUCGUUCCUCACGAGGAGCUCAUGGAAGUCCACCGAGCAGAUUUAGGAACCCGCGGUGGGAUUUUUUUACUUUUUACUUUUUAUCCGAAGCAAAUUGAACAUUUAGCGACGGGCGGACACGAGUCACGCCGCCGACAGCCCGUUACCCAUUAUGUCCGUUCCCGGUCAGGACGAAUCCUGAAUGCUGGCAAUGAGUGUCGAGCCCGGAGCGACCGGUGUUUACCGGCUGACGGGUCAAGGAGUGCAUGUACACAAACUGAGAAUGUUCAACCAAAGUGAAAUCGAGUUUAAAGAGGCAGUUCACCCACAUUGCAAAAGAAAGAAGAGAAAGCAACUCCAGUGGUAUUUAGCGGUAGUUUGGUAUUAGUGGGCUCCGAUAUAAAAGGAGGCGAAUGGGAUUUGUGUGGCAUGGUCGGAUUAAUUUCCCUCUGGCGUCCCCGGCUGGUCGACCCAAUGCAUGCGAAGCUAACGCCGUUCCCACCGGCCUCCGCUGUGCUCCAGUGUUUAGUGCUAAUUAACCAAUAUGACGUCACGUGCUUGACGAAGCCGGCCCGCCUCGUCGAGUGCGCUGCAGUGCAGCCGGAGACUCGCUGUUCGAUUCCUUGAGCCCAACAAACAAAAGAUCCAUCUACCGGCGUCGCGUCGAGGGACGGCAGGGAGCUCGAGAUAGAUCGCUUAAAAAAAAAAUUUACAAAAAAACUCAAAACGUAAAACCUCAGCAAAUAAAAUAAAAAAACCAAACUAUCUGCACGUCCGGAUGCCACGCCCAGCCCAUGUUUCCUACAUUGGCUGAAGUUACCAUCAAAAAGUCUCCAGAGGCCAGUUUAUUACCUUUUUUGUUGUUUUGUUACCAUGUCAUCUCUUUGCUUUAUAAACACUCAUCCAACAACUCCCCGUUGUCUCUCCCCGUGUAGCCGCUCGGUUGUCUUGUACCACGUGCAAAGGGAAGCCAAAUGGCUCUCUCGGUCCGGUACUGAUGUAAAUGGUGCAUAUAAAGAUGUUGUAAAUGUACGUUUGAUGGCACUCACACACACACACUAACAUCCAGAGGUGUGUCCGAAACGUCGUCGAUGCAUCGUAUGGACAAAGAGGGUUUCACGUGUAAAUAUGGAGGAAGGCAGGUUGAGACUCGGUACACAGUUUAAAUUUGUUUUUGUAGUGUUUUCCAAAGUUGGCCUUUUAUCAGAGCUCCACUAAUCAUGCACACAUUUAUUUGUUCAAUUAGCACCUUAUUGAUAUGUUAACAUGAGUAUUUCUUUCUGAAUUACAUGGGGCUUUGAAAUCAUACACUCUUUGAUGUCAUGUGCAGUUUUCUCACGGAAUCGUGUCCAACGGAUCAAGUCAUUUUAAUACGACGCAGGUCACACUUCUCUCUCUCCCACCCGUGUGCGUGUGCAUGUUUGAUUUCGGUGAUGACAUUGUUGAGUAUCAAAGGCUUUGAGCUGAAAAGGUACUUGGAUUUUCUAAAUGACUUUCCCCCCUUUAUUGUUUCCUCCUCAUUCUGCCCCUGAUAGUCACUGAAUGAUUAGUCUUCAUGUAAUCCUUUAAUUGGCGAGUACAUUUGUGUUUUUACAGAUCAUUACAUAUAUUUUUGUUAAAUAUCAUUGAUUAUGAAAUGUGUACAUCACCUGCAUAAUUUGAAGUGGAAUUAUUUGUGAUAACGUACAGGAGAGAUUCCUUGACUCGUAUAGAUUGUUGGAAGAAAUGACAUCACAUGCGAAUGAUUUCAGUAGCUGAAUAAAGUCACAUGAUGGAA